AUGCAGACCCGUGAGGAGCAGGUAACUUGGGCUACCUUCAGGACAAGGUUCCUGGAGAAGUACUUCCCAGACAAUGCGAGGCACGAGCGGGAGGCAAAGUUCCUUACCCUCCAGCAGGGAACUAUGACCGUGCAGGCAUACAUAGAGUGGUUCGAGUACUUGGCUCGUUUUUACUCGCCUGUAGUUACCGAGGAGUGGAGGUGUAGGAAGUUCGAGGGCGGACUGAAACAUGAGCUGCGUCGCUUCAUUGCCAAAACUGUGGAGCAGUUGGAGACGGGGUCUAGAAGGGGAGGGAGACAGCAGAAGACUGCUCCAGAUGUCAGAUCACAGAAGAAACCUUAUAGUAGGCCACCAAAUACCUCCUGGAGGCUACAAUGCUAUAACUGCGGUGGGGAGCACUUGAGGAGAGACUGUACUAGACCUGCCAGCAGUACAAGUGGAGGUAGUAGCACUAGAGCCACCCAUUCGUUCGUGUCUAAUGAAUGCGUGAGAACGCUCGGGCUUGCGAUGCGAGAGCUGGAGUGCGAAUUGAUAGUCGCGACGCUAACAUCUGGAGAGGUAUCCACCACUUCUAUAUGUGUGGGGUGCCCCAUGGAGGUGGCAGGCCGCAGGUUCAAGCUGAAUCUUAUUUGUCUGUCGAUGGAGGGAUUGGACGUGAUUCUAGGCAUGGACUGGCUGUCGAGCAACCAUGUUGUCAUCGAUUGCGGACGGCGCAGGGUAGUGUUCCCAGAUACAACAGGGUUGGAGCUUAUCUCGUCUAAUCAGGCGGUGAAGGAGAUUGAGGCUGGAGCUACAUGUUAUAUGAUAGUGGCUCAUGUGGAGAAGAUGAGUACGGCCGAGAAAAUCAGCAAGAUUCUGGUAGUGGAUGAAUACGCAUAUGUCUUUACGGAUGAGAUUCCGGAGUUGCUGCCUAGCAGGGAUGUUGAUUUCUCCAUUGACCUCAUCCUUGGCGCAUGGCCAGUUUCUAUGGCACUGUACAGGAUGGUGCUUGCUGAGUUAGACAAAUUAAAGAAACAGAUUGAGGAUCUACUUGAGAAGAAGUUCAUCCGACCGAGUGCAUCACCGCGGAGAGCACCGCUAAACAAGUUAACGAUAAAGAAUAAGUACCCACUGCCGAGGAUUGAUGACCUAUUGGAUCAGCUGAGGGGAGCUGCGGUGUUCUCGAAAAUAGACUUGAGGUCUGGAUACGAUCAGAUCCUAGUCAGGCCGAAGGACGUACAGAAGACUUCUUUUAGGUCACGUUAUGGCCACUACGAGUAUGUAGUGAUGCCAUUUAGGGUGACCAAUGCGCCGACCAUAUUCAUGGACUAUAUGAAUAGGAUUUUUCGGCCAUAUCUAGAUCAGUUUGUGGUAGUGUUCAUCGAUGAUAUCCUGAUCUACUCUGAGAGCAGAGAAGAGCAUGCAGAGCAUCUAAGAGUGGUGUUGGGGAUUCUCAGGGAACACCAGUUGUAUGGGAAGUUAUCAAAAUGUGAAUUCUGGUUGGAGGAAGUACAAUUUUUGGGCCAUGUGAUCUCAGCCCAAGGAAUAGCAGUUGAUCCGGCUAAGAUCGAGAUAGUGGUGAAGUGGGAGAGACCCUAG